AUGAGCGAAAUUUUGCGAUAUCUGUGCGAAGUUGCCUCAGGGCAGCUUUCCAUGAAGGAAAUCAUCCACAAUAACGAAAAGUACUAUGCCUUUGGUGAUAGAGCGUAUCACAAGGAUACUGAGACGAAUCUCCUGGUGUAUGGUAAGCAGAACGACUACUACACGAUAGAUGCGUUAUUGUUUCUUUGGGAACAUCGCGCCAAAACUCAUCCAUCCUAUGUUCGUGACGCUACUGCUGCUAAUGUGAAAGUCGUUUCACGUCCCGAUCGAAGGGAAAUCCUUGAUUAUUUAAGUGGAAAUCGACUAGAAAUCCCCACCAAUCAUAAUCCAUCACAUGCACCCGCUCCUGGCAUUGCCAUUAGUCGACUUGUUCCGGAAACGGUUGAGGAGCCUGAGGCAAAGAAAUUGAAAUUGGAGCAUAAUGCACGGCCUCGAGUGGACCAACUCUUGAAUAAGGAUCGCGUUGAUCCAUCUGAAGUACGAGCUUUAAAUGACUCUCUUACUGCGGACAAGAUUGCAGCUCUUAAGCAAAAGAGACUUACUCACCAAAAAACGAAAAUUGCCGCUGUUGACCCAGAUAUUAUGGCUGGAGGUGCUCCUACCGAGCCACUUGUUACCCGUUAUUCCAUGGAUGUCCGGAAAGUAGAACGUGUGUAUCGGACACGAAAGACAGUUAUGAAUGCUUCUAAAAAGACGUACACGUUCCUCUUUGAUGUGUUAAAGUUAAUCAAGUCGCGCGAAGAAGCAGCACGGUUGAAAGAACGCGGGGUUGAUUCAUCAAAAUCUCAACCGGCCAAGUUUGUGGGAAUGUACAACAGAUAUGAUCAAGAACGAUUUGGGAAGUUGAACGAAUUCCAAACUAUGGGUACGUCUUCGUUCGUUGGUACAAACUUGAGUUCAAUCAGUUCUCUGCAAGAGAAUCGUCCAUUGGAAACGACAGAAACUCAAAAGGUUGAUGACUCAGCAAAGAGAACAGCACUAGCCCCUACCAUUUCUCAGUUCACGAAUUCUACCGAUGAGCCAAAGAAACGCAUCAGCCGAACUCCGAUAAUUAUAAUACCAUCUGCCAUUACAUCAUUGCUUACAAUCUUUAACGCUACGGAUAUUAUUCAGGACAUGAAUUUUGUGACAACAGAGGAGAAGCGGAAAGAGAAAAAUAUGCAGCUACCCUACUUGGUCGUGGAUCAGCCGAACAAGUUCACCGAUGCAGAAUGGGAUCGAGUUGUUGCGGUAUUCAUUACGGGGCAGUUGUGGCAGUUCAAACCGUUUAAACGGUGGCACAGUAACCCUGUGGAGAUAUUCGCAAAGAUUCCCGCAUUUCACGUUCAUUACGACGACCUUAACGUUGAUCCAAAUGUGGCGAAGUGGAGUGUUACGAGAUUACCAGUAUCACGAACAAAGCGGCAUAUGGAUAAAGCUCGGUUCAGAGUGUUUUGGGAGGUUAUGGAUCGAUGGAUACCUGCCAAUCGACCGUACUUGAGGUGGUAA